UUGGGAGAGACGGUGAGCGGUAGAUUGAGUGUGAGUCGCUGGAGUCGCAUAUUAAAUCGCAGACUUUGCUGCUCACCAGAGGACCGCCGCUUGACGUCCAGCCCCCAGUUUCACGCCGGCGCACGUUUUUGACCUGCAGCCACAGGUUGACCGAUUUAAUCCAGUCAAUGUGGAUUAUUCCUCAUCAUCUCCUGUCGAUUGGCACUGACUGGAAUCAGAAUGGGCGACGUCGACACAUCGCCGCUGAUAGAGAAGGAAAGAAACUGACCGUAUCAAUUGAGCAGAGAGGGAGGCAACAUCUGUGGGAAGCGACGCGCAGUUUCCAGAGACGGGCGAGGAGGACCUGUGGAGGACCUAUAUGAAGGGAGACGAAGCGAAAGGAUGAUGGGGUGGCGUGACAACAUGAAAAAGAAAAAGUGCGGUGGUCUGUUUUCAUCCAGCCAGUGAUUCAACACAACUAACCUGGGGGACAGGGACUGAGAGAGAAGAGGUUGGAGACAGGUGCGUGGCCAAAGCCGUGACCAUGGAGCCUCCCCCUUCUCUGAGCCUGGCUCUGCUCGGAGGCAGCGAGGACGAGGACCAACGGUUUCUUCUUCCCCUGGGCAGUAUGUCCCAUCCUUCUACCGCUGGCACCCAGCCAGGAUCAAACCACUCCAACCACAUGGGAGGAUCAAGUCUCGACCGUCUAAAUGGCAGCACCCCAUCCCCAUCACCUGCCACGCCCAACUUGCCUCCGGCAUCGCUCCCCAAGCUGCCCUUGUCCUCCGGAGCCCAGCCCCUGCCGCCACCCAUCCCCAACGCCCUGCACCCUACCAGCACCCCACUCUCCUCCUGCCUUGGCUCACAGCACAGCCUGAGUGGAGACAACUCUCCGGUUUACAACGCCCUCUUUUACUCCUCCCACUCGCCCUCCAUGGAGCGGGAGAGGGACAGGGACCGUGAUAGGGACAGAGACAGAGAGAGGGGCUGCAAACACAGACAGGCGAGCCCCCUGGUCCACCGUAGGGACAGUAACCCCUUUACGGAGAUCGCCAUGAGCUCCUGUAAGUACACCGGCGGGGUCAUGAAGCCCCUGAGCCGCCUCAGCGCCUCCCGCAGAAACCUCAUUGAAUCGGACAGCAGCAGCGAAACCAAAGAGGGUGGCGUUUCGGCUGUUGCUGGGGCAACGGCUGCUGGGGGACACGACCGUCAGCGGGAAGCCCCUCCUACCUGCUCGGUGACCCAGUCCUCCACCCAUCAACCCCCGCUCCAGAGUCCCCCAGAGAUCGUGAUUUCAUCCAAAGAAGACUCGCCGUACCCCCGAGGGUAUGACAUCACUGACUCCACAUCCAACCAGAUGUCCAUCUAUCACCAGAACCACGCACUAGUGGAGAGCAGGCGGGCGCAGCCAGGCAGGGGCAGCAGGCAGGGAGGGGUUGGGGCGGUGGGCACCGGGGCCAGGGGCAGCACCUCCAAGGCUCACAAGCGAAAGAACCAAAACAUUGGCUAUAAACUGGGGCACCGCAGGGCACUGUUUGAGAAGAGGAAGAGGCUGAGUGACUAUGCGCUCAUCUUUGGAAUGUUUGGCAUCGUCGUCAUGGUGAUUGAGACGGAGCUGUCCUGGGGCGUGUACACCAAGAGCUCCAUGUAUUCUCUGGCACUGAAGUGUCUGAUCAGCCUGUCCACUGUCAUCCUGCUGGGGCUCAUCAUAGCCUACCAUGCUCGGGAAGUUCAGCUGUUCGUCAUCGACAACGGAGCCGACGACUGGCGCAUCGCCAUGACGAUGGAGCGGGUUCUGCUGAUCGCCCUGGAGCUGCUGGUGUCGGCGGUGCACCCGGUGCCUGGGGACUUUAAGUUUCAGUGGCGGGCACGGCUGGCCUUCUCAUAUGCACCGUCGCAGGCCGAGGCUGACCUGGACAUGGUGCUGAGUGUGCCCAUGUUCCUGCGCCUCUACCUCAUCGCCAGAGUCAUGCUCCUGCACAGCAAACUCUUCACAGACGCCUCCUCCAGGAGUAUAGGUGCCCUCAAUAAGGUCCAUUUUAACACACGGUUUGUAAUGAAAACACUCAUGACUAUCUGCCCCGGGACGGUGCUGCUGGUCUUCAGCAUCUCUCUGUGGAUCAUCGCUGCCUGGACCGUACGAGUUUGUGAGAGGUAUCACGAUGCCCAGGACGUGACCAGUAACUUCCUGGGAGCCAUGUGGCUUAUCUCCAUCACUUUCUUGUCCAUUGGCUACGGAGACAUGGUUCCUCACACUUACUGUGGCAAAGGAGUCUGUCUGCUCACAGGCAUCAUGGGUGCUGGCUGUACAGCUCUGGUGGUUGCCGUGGUAGCCAGGAAGCUGGAACUGACCAAGGCCGAGAAACACGUACACAACUUCAUGAUGGACACGCAACUCACCAAGAGGAUAAAGAAUGCAGCGGCUAACGUGCUGCGGGAGACCUGGCUCAUCUACAAACACACCAAGCUGAUGAAGAAGAUCGACCACUCCAGAGUCCGCAAACACCAGCGGAAGUUCCUCCAGGCCAUACACCAAUUACGCAGUGUGAAAAUGGAGCAGAGGAAACUCAGCGAUCAGGCCAAUACACUAGUGGACCUCUCAAAGAUGCAGAGUGUCAUGUAUGAGCUCAUGUCGGAGCUAAACGAUCGCAGCGAGGAUUUGGAGCGCCAAAUGCUGUCACUGGAGCAGCGGGUGGAGCAGCUGACCGCUGGCUUCAACGCGCUGCCCGCGCACCUCUCUGCAACCCUCAGCGCCCAGCACGCUGCCCUGGUUCACCUGCUCCGAGAGAGGGAUGCGAGGGAUGGUCGAGGAGGAGGAGGAGGAGGAGGAGGAGGAGGAGGAGGAGGAGGAGGUGGAGGUGCUGUGGUCCCGCUGUCCCCCGCUGCUUCUUUGUCCACAGCGCCAGCUUCAGUUUCUCCCAUCCAGGUCACGCCUCCCGCACCACCCCCAGCACAGGUCUCUACGUUGGCCUUGGAGUCCCCUCUGUCGCCCCCGCCCCUGAGUCCAGACGGGAGCCUGGAGACCAACCCCAGCCCUAACACCUGCACCUCUAGCUGCUGAGGACAGCUCCGAGGCCUAGGAAGGAACGGACAUGAGAACUAAACAGUGAGAGAGGCGGGGAGGGCUGCGCUAGUCCUUUCUCUUCAGACUAAAUGAGAGAAAAGGGGGGAGGAUGAGAGAGAUGUGCGGUGAUCCUCUGUGAAACUAACGCUCCGUGAGGGAAGGAUGAAGACGGGACUAUGAGGAGAAAUAAUGGGAUUAAGAUGGAGGGCCAGCAUGAGUGAUGAGACAUGUAAGGGACUUUGGGGCGCUUUCCUUGACUAAGGAAGGAUAAGAAAAAUGGAGAUAAAAUGGAGACUCUAAAAAGUGUGAGGGGGUGGAAGGGCGUCAAGAGGAUGAGAAAUGGCGGUAGAGAGAAAGAGGAGGGGGAAGGAGAGGGGAGGAGAAAUAACGAGGAAUAAUUAUAUGAACUCCUAAAUGGAAUCCACUCCAAUUAUCGAAAAAGGCCUUUUAUUCUCUUUAUCUCUCUAUCUUCUCUUUCUCUCCCUCUUUCCUUCCCCGGCUCCAAAUCUCUCACUUCCUUCAUCAGGAAUUAAUGACCAUGACUUUUUAUCCUUAUGAUGUAUUUUCUAUCUGAAUGCUAAUUGUGUGUUAACGAGCAUCCCUUUAACAGAAGGUUCGAUCAAUACGACAAUGAGGAAAAAAAAACAACAAAAACAACAAAAAAAAAAACAGCGGCAUGCACCGCACACGCAAACACACAAAUUAUAUCCACACAUCAUCCACGCGACACAACACAACGCAAACAGAAACACACAAUCUCUCACGACGCAGACCCUAUUCACACAAAUAAAAAUGAAUGCACUAGCCCACAAGAUAGAACUAAAGCCUAUACUGCCAAGCACUUGAUGCACUGUCAAUCUCCAUAUAGCACUGCCAAGCAAUGACACACUGUAAAAAUGCAUCUAAACGACAUAUGUUUUGUGGGUGUGAGCUAAUGCAGUAGUUUAGACUUACAACGUGUAGUUGCGACACUUUAAAUACUCAGACGGGAGAACUGAAACCGCUCGCCGAACCACACAAAUUACAGAUCAAGCUGAAAUAAGCUGAUGUGAUCCUGAAGGACAUGAGUCAUCAUUAUGAAGACAGUAGCUGAUGGUAAAGUAUCCUAACACAACUACAGCAGGACUUUAUUACUGCAUUCACAGAACUGAACCGACCUGGUGUUUUAAGUGUACUUGUCCUGAAAUGAGACUCCCGUGUUUCAUUUUUGUGAGCGUUUUAUAUGACAAAAGCAGAACAUGGACAAUUAAUAGUUCAAGUGCAUUAAUCGUGGGGUGGUUGUUAGUGAAAAGAUUAGAUUGUGAGACAGACAAUUAUAAAACUGCCAUUUGAAUUGGUUGAUCAAUUUUGAAGAUUACAUUUCUAAAAAGCACUGAUCAAGUCGGUGCUUCGUGCAAACUCAGUGCUUUACCUUUUGUGCGAGUUCUCAUUUUAUGUUAUUAAGUUGAAUCAGUCAACCCGGAGGUCAGACAUUGAAUCAAAACUUUCUGCAACAGCAAUUAUACCGAUAAAUGUUUAUUCUUUUACUUGAUGAAUCUGUAUCUGUAGUAUCUCUUAUUUGCUUUCAUUCUCUGAAGAAAAAAAAAAGUUGUGCUUAGAAUUACUGAGAUAUUGCUUUUAAUAACAUUUGUGUUUUAAUUGACUUUUAAAAAAUCCUGUAUCAUUAUGAGUUGACAUAAUUGAUAUUUUUUUCCGUGCAUGGUUCUGCCCAUGACCAUCCAAUGUCAGCAAGAUAACCUUACUUACUUACUUACUUACUUACUUGCCAUUCUUUUUAAAGCUUGCAGUCCCAAAACAGCUCACUGUUAACAUGAAUGUAUUCUGUGUAAAGAAAUACACUCAGAACACUCUCGCUUGCUCGAUCACUUAAACUGCCAUACAGACAGAGGAACAGACACACACACACACACACACACACACACACACACACGGCACCCACACAGAUGGAUACACACCUCAACAACCAAAGUGCUCUCUCUUAAAUGGACUUCAAUAAGAGGCAGGGAACGCUGCUGUCACUGGGGACAUAAGAUAGCUGGAGGCGUUGCAGAUAUCUUGACAAUAUUUCUGAGGGAAUAACUGUGAACAUCUGGGCAUGGACUUUUUACACUGCUACACAUGGACUGCUCUAAGACAAAUGAAGGUGGACUACGGAUGAACACAAGGGAACACAAAUAUACCUUACAAAGGAUAAAUGGCCAUGAAGGAACAGCUGUUCAUGAAAUAAAUAAAACACAGCCAGAUUAAGAUUUAUCUGAGAGGAGUUAUAAAGGUGUGAUGGAAACAGGCAAGAGGCAAGCCAACUCUUGCAUUGGAGACAAUAUUGAAAACUAUCUUAUAGCGACACGCUGUGGCCGGAAUACUGAAUUACAUACGCUUGGAAAAUUGUACAGUAUGCUGUUAACGAAAUCUAGCUUUGUAUUGCUUAGUCUUUUCUACCAUUAUGAUUAAACGCAGUUAUAGCUGAUAUCUUACAUUAUUAAACUAUAGUAUUCUUCUCAUUCGUCAUGACAUUUAUGAUAUAUGUAUUAUCAUACGUUAAAUAAUUAUGAAUAAGGGAAGUGCCGUUUGAGGUUGAAAUUAUUUUGUAAUUUUAUUUUAUCAGAGAGAAUUAAUAAAGUAUAUAUCUAUAACA